UUCUUCUACCUUUCCUUCACGAAUGUUCUCGACCCCGUCUAUCCGCCUUGUCAGCGCUUAGAGCUCACGACCAGCCAGUGUCAUUGGCUCCGAGUACUCUCUGUUUCGUGUCAGGGGGAUCGAAAUUUAACUAUUGUCCCGUCGCGGCUACUGAAUCAAUUGAUUCCCAAGCGGCCGACAGCUUGGUAUCGAAUAUUUUUGGGUUGUAAUGGCAUGUUGAUUAGCCUUGAGCUUAUCCUCGCGGACUGAUCUAUAUUAAUCCAACGUUUGCGCGGACCUAUUCAACUUCUACAACGCACCCCAAAACAACACCGGGUUACCCUCCUUUGUCCAUAUAUCUCUCCGUCCAGGCUGGCCUUGGGGAAAUUUUCCUGUCACUUUCUUUCUUUUUCCACAAUUUAGACUAUCCUGCUUCAAUUUGCCUUGCUGCCAUCCUUCGCCGCGCCAUACCCAUCUUUCCUAGGUCUCAUCUCAGUUAUACCACCAUGGCUUCAACAACGUUAAUGACAUUUCUCCUAUAUACUAAUCCCCAGGUCAAGUCUGUCAAACUGCUAGGCUCAUGGGACAACUUCACCAAGUCGUAUCCUAUGGAGCAUGACAGGCGUGUUGGCCAGGGCCAUUGGAGGGGAUGCCAUAGUUUUACCAGCAUAAUAUGCGAUGGAACGCCGAAGAAUAUGGGUUCAUCGCGCUCUGGUGGGCUCAAAAUGGGCGGCACAUAUUGGUAUUAUUACUUACUGGACGAUGAUGUGGAAUACUACAAUCAUGCAGAGCCAUUCACAUCGCAUUGUCCUCUUCUUCCAGGCCAGCCUGUCAAUGUUCUCCAUGUUCCUGUCAUUUUGCCGGAUACACGUCCGAUUUAUUUCUGUGAUAGAAGCUCAAGCCCGCAACAAACAGAAGAGCGGACUAUGAACCCUGAUGAUAAAUAUAUGAACCCCAGAAACCCCCCCAAACCAGCACUUCCACGUCUCCGUACAUCUCCUCCACUACUUCAACAACCGACUCCGGCUUGGUCUUUCAGCACCUCCCCUUUGGGUUUAUUAACCAACAGGGGCGCUUCUCAACCUAAUAGUGCGACGCCCAAGGUUACAAUUCAGUAUAGCCAAAGAGCACCAGACACCAAAACUGCUCGAUCAGUCUCUCCUCCAAGAUCAAGGGGCCUUCGAGCUGCCUUCCGACAAUGGAAUGCUUCCUCUCCUGAUCUCAGCGUGGCAGAUAAUCAGAAUAGUGAUUCUACAAAGCCUAGACUGGCCUUCAAGCCUGUCAUGGGGCGUACUGAAAGCCUCAGACCCCCUGAAAACACGUCGAAGGAGAGCCUACUCCCCCGGCGGCCUGCAUCUCCCGUACAUCCUGUGAAUACGGUGCUGUCUAUCCAGGAUCGGCGUGCCCUAAAUCCAAAAAACACGGACCGUGCGACUCCCAGAACUCCGUUAACACUUCAAACAAACCAUGAGACGGAUACCACUAGGAAUGGUGACCUAGAGAGGGCCAAUCCACAUGCCCCUCAAGAUUUUGUCGCUUCUGUGGACUCCACCUCCUUGCUCGCAACUGCCUUGCCAGUGACAGUUGAAGAUGCUGUAACCCCUACGCCAUUCACAUCCUCAGAAAAGAGGCUCCCCACUCUACCGAAUUCUCCUUCGUCAGUCAUGGACGAGGCGCUGCGUGAUCUCGAAGCUCGAGAAAAGGAGCUCGAUGCGGAAAAUCUUGGCAGUCAUUUCUCUGACUUCAGCGCGACGGAGUCCACGAGUAGCUCUCCGUGCGAGAGGAGCCACUUUUCCGAAUGGAGUACAGAUACAGAGGUGGUCUCCGCUGAGUUCAUGACACCUUCGCUUCCUUUCAACAAUGGUACCCAAACUUUCUCUGCUCUUGAAGAGAUGAGUUUUGCCGAACUGUGGAAGACCUCUGUUCCUGCUGAAACAAGUGAUCCAAACACUCCAGAACUUACUGUUAAUUCAAGAUCUUCCCCCACUACACUCAGUGGUGACUCACCCCUCGUCGACCUGCCACUUCCUCGUCUUACAGUCUCUUUGUCCCCCUCCGAUAUAGAUUUUUCUGGUCUUGGUAUCGGUGAUUCUGAUGAGGUCGAAAGAGAUCCCAAGCGCCAUGCAGCAUUCUUUGGGGGGAUAGAAGGACUUGGGCUUCUCCGAAGCCCCGAACCUUCUACUGUGCAGUUUGCGGGAAAAAUCCGAGAUGAUGCGGAAACGACACAUAGCGUCAGUGAUGACCGCUUCAGCAUCAGCUCGCUGCCCGGACAGUCUGCAGCAAUGCAAGAAAUGAUGGAUGAGUUGAGUUAUCUCAAAUCGAUGAUUCAAUCUUAGAUGAUGUGAGUAUGUAAUAUACGGUUUAGC